GUGUAACAACUUACGUAUUAUUCAAAUUUUGCUUGGUAUUUUAUUUUGUGAGUGCAUAAUUUUAACAAGUAAGUAGUAAAAUAUAUUAAAAUAGUAAAUAGUACUAAAUACAGUACCAUGCGGCAUGCGGUUCUGCGGUUAACACGACGCACGCUGCGUACUGCGUAGCGCAUCGGCGACUUCCCGUGCGAAAAUUUAAACAUCGACCGCCUACUGAAGUGUGAUUGGCACGUCAGCGUUCAGUGCACCGCUCGUACUGACGUCAGUACUCAGUCGCCGCAACACCGCCCAUCUGCAAAGAGCGUUGUACGCACGAAGGGAAAAAGACACAGACUGGCGGACGCUAUAAAAGCGGACUCUUCCAUCUCUUCCUCGUUGGAAAUCUUUCCCCUUCUGUGGAUUAACUCGCAAGAUUUUGAACAUGGUCUGUGGUGGUAUGACAACACGAGCGAUGGCCAACGUACAGCCGCGUCCCACGAUGGCCAGUAUGCCGUUGGAGAUGGACUUUGAUCAUACGGAUCAGGAUGAGCUGGAGUUGAAUGUGCAGCAUGCCGUCUUCUACUGCGAAUGCGAGGAUCCCGCGUGUGCGCCCUUUACGGAUGACGCUGAUUCCAUCGAAAUCCGCUUUGCCGAGGAACUGAGUCUAUUGAAAAUGGCGCCACACAGCUUCCGUUUGCCAUCGAAAUCCCUGGGCGAGCACGUGCCGGUGGCGUCUGUACGCAGUCAGCUGCAACAGCAGAUGUCCUCAUUGUCAUGCAAGGCGCGUCGUACCUGCUCAGAAGGCAGUCUGGCGCUGGUGCCCAGUGUGGCCGACGCCAGCGGCUGUCCCUGUGAGAUGGUACAGGGCAUCCAUUCCCACCAGAGCUGUCCGCGGAUGGAUCUGGCCAUCCCGGAGACAUCUUGCUUUACUUGCGGAUCAGAUUGGCUGCUGGAUCACACGGCCUUGGCCUGCUUCGAAUGCGGAGGCUGGGGCCUAGCGCGUCCUUGCGGGAAAUGUCACGGCAAAUGCGGCCAAAAUUGGCAUCGCGACCUCAAAUUGACACACGCGUCGGGCGAGGCCACCUGGGCCGGUAAAUGCAGUCUGGAAAAAGACAAACCUCAAUAGAUCCGACCUCGGGGAACAGGGAACGUUGGGCCGGUGUUGCUGGCGAGGUAAUUCGCGCAGCGUGGAACUCGUCCCUGUUUUCCCCUUUCUUGUUGGGGAUAUUCGCGGGUAGGACGGCGGGGAUAAUUUGUCACAAGUGACCAAUGCAGCCUGAGUGUUUUGAACGUCCAUUAUUUCUCUCUCGACUCUUGACCUGUCUCUCUCUUAUUUUGUGCUUUCCGUGGCAAAACUCCCGUUCCUGCCAGAUGUUGGAUUUUAUAAUUGAUUAUUACUAUUUACAUUGCAUUCAUUUGCGUAAUAACUACUUCGUACCUGGUUCUGUGGUUAUUUUUUUAUACUUAACUGUACAGUCUAAUAACUAAUUAUUUAUGGCGCUCAUUCGUUUUUUGGUGUUCCGGGUUUUUCUAUGAAAGACAACCGGCAAAGUGCUUCAUUCGUUGCCGUUGACCAUUUGUUUCAUCGUCGCCCUUGUCAGUGUACAGAAAUCUAUUCUUUUGUGAACUUCAUGGAUGGUGCUGCGUAAGGUUUCAUUAAAAACGUGUUGAUGCGUUGA